CAAAGAAAAUCUCUCACGCCAGACCGCAGAAGAUCCAGAUUUCACCACUCAGGAUGGCGUUGCCAUGGCCAUCUCCAUCUGGAAUCAGAGAGAAAUGGUGCGGCGAUUUUCUCCAUACCAACAUGCGCUGGGCAGAACACCGGAUCUGAGUGGGCGCCUCUUUGACAGUGAGGUGCAGGGGCUUCCAAUAGAGCUGAUGGAAAAUCCAGAAGGUGAACAUGUGGGGCAACAGGAGGCCCGAGUGAAGGCUGAGCAGAGUUUUGUCAGAUGGCAGGCGACAGAGCGAAUCAAAAGAGCCUUGAACUCGAAAGCAAGAAGCCGGCCCGAGUACUGCCCAGGCGACCUUGUGUUCUACUGGAGAAGCUACAUCAAGGCCAAGCAAGAUGGCACGCGACAUCAAACUGGAGCAUUAGGUGGCUACGCUGGGCCAGCCCGAGUUCUGGCUCUGGAAACCCGGAGGGAGGGCGACGGCAAACUGCGCCCCAGCUCAGUGGUGUGGUUGGUGCGCAAGAAUCGCCUUCUGAAGGCUUCCAUUGAACAACUUCGACCAGCUUCUGAAAGAGAACAUGCCAUACAUGAAGCUGAACGACCACCAAACAUCCCAUGGUCCAUGACGGAACUGGCUCAACCUUUGGGCCGAGAAGAGUAUGAUGACAUUACUGGAGAAGGGGGACCACCACCAGAAAUUCGUGGAGCCGAUGAGAUGGCACGCUAUUGGUGUGCGCCUCCUAGACGAAGAAUGGCCACCAAGAUUUUAGAGAGUGCUCAGCAUCAAAAAGAAAGAGAACAGGAUCCAGCCAACCAGCAGCGGCUAGCUGUGGACAUGCAGGUGGAUGCGGAUGGAGACCAGGAGGGGAUUCCUUCUGCAGCGGCACCAAUGCCGGAUUCCAUCUUUGAUGAUGUCGAGGAGCCCUCUCGAGAAGCAAGGUCUUGGCCAUCCUCUUCGACAAGAACACACCCCGGCCAAGGAGACAGAAGUAGAUCACCCAUUAGGGCGGAAGUGCGAUCAGAAGAGUCCAGCUUCUGGGCAGAGGAGAAAGCAUUCGUUCAGAUUGAGAUUCCUGUGCCCGCCAGUAGACAUGGCUGGAUGCAGAUGGCGAAGGAUCCUGAGGCCUAUGUCGCCAACAUGCUCAAGAAGAAAGGCGUGGAGGUGCACGAGAAACACAUGGAUGCCGAGACCUUUGACAAAUUCCAAAAGGCAAAAGACGUGGAAGUGAAGAAAUUCCUCGCUGCGGAAGCAUUGCAGGUGCUUCCACUUCACUUGCAGCCCAACAAGGAGGCCGAACACCAGAAUGAUUUGGAUUUGCGAUGGGUGAGCGCCCGGGCACAACUUGCUAACAGUUUGACCAAAAGAGGGGAAGAUCACCAAAUGAACCGUUUUGGGCUUGCCACCAAACUUGGAGAAUUGUGGAUGAUCCGGACAUGUUCAGUGGACGUCGUUUGAAACAACAAGGACGAGACUUGCUGGACUUAGAAAGAAAGGUCCCGGACGUGGAACAGCUGCCUUCUUUGAAAAAUUUGUGAUUGAAGCUCCCCUUUUUUUGUGCGUUUUCCGGGGUACUUCGAGUACAGGUGCAACUGAAGAGUUGCGGGAAGUGGGGGCCAUGCAAUUUCCAUUGAGAGCUGCAUACGUGAAAAACAUGUAACCGCAGCUCACCCAGGCCCUCUAGGUAUCUUCCUCUUUUAGCAUUCGCCAUAGAUCCAAAGCGCAUCGCUUGGAGUUACAAAAGGCAGUGGCUUUUCAGGGAACACCGGCAGACGGCC